AUCGAAUUCACCUUCACCAUUCUCCCCGGUUUGAAACGCAAGCCACGGACACUCCAAGUUGCCUUUCCUGAGUAUCGAUAAUGGCACUCCACCUGUUCUCCUGGUCGCCGCUGCGCACCAUCGGCUCAACCUUCAAUGCUGCGUCCGCUCGUCGCUGGAACUGGACCGCUGCUCCAAAUGCUGCCGCAACUGCUGAGCAUAUUUCGAUUCUACAUAACAAUACUCAACGGACAACCCGUCGCCGAGCCCGUCGGUUCAUCGAAGAGCAGAAGGCUAUCAACGAAAGCCGUCCCCUGGAGAGAUUUCAGACCCGUGAAUGGAAGGCUGGUGAUAUCUAUGCUCCUCACGAUCUCAGUCCUUCGCAGAUGAGGAGGUGGAAAGAGCGCCACUCCCCGUCCACAGAUGUCUUCGACUCUCUGAACUUGAAUCCCUUAACUAUGUACAAGAACUUCUCGAUCAUGUCCGAAUACAUGACCCCCAUGGGCCAGAUCAAGCACCGCAAUGAGACCGGUCUUCGCCCAGUCAACCAACGGAAAAUGGCCAAGGCUAUCCGUAGAGCUGUCGGGCUUGGACUGAUGCCUAGUGUCCACCGGCACCCGGAAAUUCUGGCCGCUCAGGUUCAGUCACGUUUGGAGGGAGGUAGCACGUAUUAAGAGAUGUACUUCGAGUUAUCGCAUCGAUGGUGUCGGCGGCUGGGCCUGGCUUGUUCUUUUUAUUCCCUCUUGGACAUUUUUUCAUAUUGUCAGUUGAUUUGCUGUAAGAUGAUUUUGAAUUUCGGGCGGUGUCCAUGUACAGUACUGUACUAUCUCUCUACUAUGCCUUGACGUGAGGCAUUGGUAGUGGUAGCGCAUAACAAUUAGUAACUUGCCUUUUCACAAAGCAACUACAGGUCCCAAUGAUCUGUAUGAGAUCAUCGAGGCUUUACAUCGACGGAAGGUAAGGCAAACAUCAUGGAUAGAAAAGCCUAAGAAUGGAG